UUUUUUUUUUUCCUUAAAUGCUCCCAUCUCUUUAAUCUCUAUUUGAAGAGAAGUGUUCUUCUUGAAGCUCAAUAACAUAAGAGCCAGACCCAUGGUCAGUGUUUUUGUUCUGUUUCUGUAUUGUGCCCAUCUCAGUGAGAUCCUGCUCCCUGCCUGGGCAGCCACAAGGAAUGAGGACCCAAUAAUGCCAUAUAGACAAACCAGGACCCUUUUCUGUCCAUGUUGCCCCCAGCAGAAAGCAACUGGCUAGCACACUUGGCAUGCCAUAGUAAGGUGCUCCUGAGAUUUGAAACCUGAACAUCCAGCUCUCUGUGAAGAUUAAAUAAGAUGUAAUGGAAGUGCUGAGGGUGGGAGAUCCUGACACUGGCUACAAGUAGGAAUUUAGUUGGCAUGGGAAGCUUGCAAGAGUUUCAUUGUGUCGUUGAGCCUGUUGCAGUGAAAAGCCUUUGUGAACGACUUCCACAAAGCUUUUUACUUGGUGUAACGUAUGCAGGAAGGACAGAGAAAUCUGAGGUGUCUUCAAGCCGCUGUGGAUAUGAUCACUGGAUGGGAUAACAGAAUUAGAAAGAUGGGGUUGCCACUGAGACUUUUUUAAGCCACGAUGUCUGUGGCGGUGCUUUGCGACAUCCUAUUUUUGUAACAUCUGAGGCACCACUGGAGGCGUUCAGAGACUGCUAUUUCUGGAAUAAUUUUGGUUUAUUGCUUUUCCCAGGUUUUUCACAUCAGUUGGCUACUUUGGCCUGUCCCUCAGCACUCCAGACUGGCAUGGAAAUGCCUACAUCAACUGUUUCCUCUCGGCUGUUAUUGAAGUUCCAGCUUACGUGAUCGCCUGGCUUCUCCUCCGCUCUCUCCCACGGCGCUACUCCUUAUCUGGCACCUUUUUUUUAGGGGGAAGUGUUGUCCUCUUCAUUCAGCUGGUUCCUGCAGAUCUUAAUGUCCUCUCUGUUGGACUGGUGAUGCUUGGGAAGUUUGGCAUCACAGCUGCGUUUUCAAUGCUUUAUGUCUACAAUGUGGAGCUGUACCCAACGCUAGUGCGGAACAUGGCAGUGGGAGCGACCUCCACGGCCUCCCGGCUGGGCAGCAUCAUUGCUCCUUACUUUGUUUACCUGGGUGCCUACGACAGAUACCUACCAUAUAUCCUGAUGGGGAGCCUGACYGUGCUGAUUGGGAUCCUUACYCUGUUUCUGCCAGAGAGCUACGGCAAUCCGCUGCCCGAGAGCUUUGAGCAGAUGCUGAAGGUGAAAUGUUUCAGAAACGGACAACAAACCACUGGCAUUAGGAGUUCCAAGGAGAGUCCUAAAAGUCUGAUAACACCUUUGUGAAGAAAGAUGCACCUCUCGGAGGGGCUGGAAGAAGAACAUCUCAAAAUGCAUUUUCUGCCACAGCAAAGCGAACAAAACCCAACAGCUAAUGCACCAUAGUUGUUGUCCCCUGUGCUACUCUCCCUAAAUGACAUAGUUUACUGACCAGAUGCUGUCUACUCCUGUAGGACUUUUUAGUCUGUAAUUCAGAGUCCUGAUUCCUGGGGUUUGUCAGCAGACACAGUCCCCAUUGAGAAAUGGGGGCCUGUCUUUGCUAAAUACGAGUCAAGGAGUAAGCUAGAAGUGAGCCUUAAAAAUAAUACAGCAGUGACUCCAGGCAGUCAGGUACUCAAUCAAUGCUGCUGAAAGGAAAAAAAAUAGCUAAUGCAAUGCUGGUGUUUUUUCUCACUUUGUGUGUUGACUGGAGGAAGGGGAGCUGGGUGUCUGCCUUUCAAAACCUGAAAGAAAGAUCCUGCCCUCCUCUGAAAUCUGUGAGCAAGGGCCAUGGACUAAGUGGGGUCAGAAUUCAUUUGUAGCAGAGCUGACAUAGACUUCACUGUAAGGACAUGGGUUUUUAACAUAACAUCAGAGUGGCUUUAGAUGUCACUUGCUUUUUCUAGGACCUGGGAUCCCCUUGUUCCUGUAAAAGCUGAUGUGUUUUCACAUCAUAAAGCCUGAGCCCACCCAAAACCCUUAGCUUUGUGAAUCYUCAGUAUCUUUGGGGAAGGGGGUAAAUUUUGAGCACUGAGUAAGGACUAUAAUUUGCUGACUUUCCGAUGGGCCAUGCCCACUUUCAACAGAAAAGUGAGCUGUAGYAAGUCAGUGAUCCUGUCCAAAUGUGUCAUGCAGUUUUAGCUUUCAGGUUUUUCUUGGUAAAUGGGCAUGAGCAGUUUUUUUCAUCUCUUGGGGUGUUGUUUUUU